UGGCCCACAUCCAUCACGACGACGAAGAGCUCAACUGCGGCUCUGGCGGCGGCGCCGACACGUUCUUCGGCCUACGGAUUGCUGCAAUUUUCGUCAUCCUCGUCGGCUCGACCUGCGGUGCGCUCUUCCCCAUCCUCGCGAAACGGUCGUCGUGGCUCCAUGUCCCGAAGAGUGUCUUCGAGUUCGCGAAAUACUUCGGAUCCGGCGUCAUCGUCUCCACGGCAUUUAUACACCUGCUUGCACCUGGUCUUGAGGCUCUUGAGAGCCCGUGCUUGGCUGAGGGAUGGUCGGAGUAUGCCUAUGCACUCGCCCUCUGCCUUCUUAGCAUCUUCGCGAUCUUUAUCAUCGAACUUAUUGCUUUCCGGUGGGGUACUUCCAAGCUGUCAAAACUCGGUGUUGUCCAUGGUGCCCAUGGACAUAACCUUGGCGGUCAUGCUGCCCAUGGUCCCGAGGGUGCAUAUGAAUCCGGCGAGGCAGCGCCCGUCAAACGCGAAACAAGUUCAUCCGAUGUUGAAAGCGCCAAAUCUCACGAGUUUCAGGACAGUCUCUCGACACACGUCAUCGGCGUCGCGAUCCUGGAAUUUGGUGUCGUUCUCCACAGGAUCUUAAUUGGAUUGACUCUCGCUGUAGAUGAAGAUUUCAAAGUCCUCUUUGUAGUCCUCGUCUUCCACCGAACCUUUGAGGGUCUUGGACUUGGCGCUCGUCUCGCCUUCCUCGACUUGCCCAAACGCUUCGGUUGGGUGCCCGUUGCAGGUGCCAUCUUGUAUGGUCUCACCACCCCGAUCGGCAUUGCUGCCGGCCUUGGAGUUAGGUCGACGUACAACCCCGGUAGCACGACCGCGUCUAUCGUCAGCGGUGUUAUGGAUUCUAUCAGCGCGGGUAUCUUGGUCUACACCGGCCUCGUCGAGGUGUUCGCCCAUGAAUUCCUGUUCAACAAAGCCAUGAUGAAGGCAUCAAAUGGAAGAUUAGCUUAUGCUGUCGGAUCCAUGUGCCUUGGUUGCCUGCUCAUGUCCCUUCUUGGCAAGUGGGCAUAAU